AUGGGGGUUCCUCAGCAAGCCAAAAAGCAGUCACCUGGAAGAACCAGCACUGGUCGCUUGGUGCCUCAUACGCCUCGACACUCACGCUCAGGGCAGACGCGACAUACUCCACGUGCCGCUCAGCCUCGGACGGUGACGCCCCGAAAGCAGGUCGCACACACCUCGCAGGGACACACACACGGACAUGCGCACUUGCACUCGCACUCGCACCGCUCGCCGUCUGCUCAAGGUGGUCCGAAUCGGCCCGGGAACGGACACACACACAUGCACAGUUACACACACCUGUCGGCUCACGCUGACCAAGGUGGCUGUAACCUCUUCUGCUACCUGUGUUACUGUGCCUACUGCCUUGGCCUGAUGGUCCUUUCAUUCUGUCUUCUCCUCUUCCUCUCUCCUCCUUCACCUCGCUCUCACCCUCACCCUCCAUCUCCUCAACCUCCUUCCACCUCCCCUUACCCUGACGAGUUCAUUUCUAUGCCUUUGUCCUCCUUAUCAUCUCUUGCUGUUCCUUUCUGCCCCCAUCCGGCUCUCAACUUCUCCUCCAACCUCUCUACCUUCUUUCCUUUCACCCGUUUUCUCUCCUCCACUGGCUCCAACGAUUUUCUGUUCAAUCUCACCUCUCCUCUCCCUCCAUGCCCCUCCACUCAAUCCCAAACUUCACGCGGUUCCUCCACUUCAUCCCCCGACUCCCAACAUGGCUCUUCAUCCUCCUCUUCUUCAUCCCGCCCGUUUAUGCUGGUCCCUCCCUCUCUGCUGCUCCUGCCCCGCCCAUCGCUGUGUCGCUCUCGCUCGUCCUCUUCUCGCUCACUCCCCUCCCUUCUGCUUUGCCCACCCAGUUUCACAGACCCUGCCCUCUCAUCUCUGGAGCACAUCCCUGUGCCGGGCGCCACACCCCGCCCCAGGACUCUGCUGAGGCAGCAAAGCCUCCAGCAGCCACUCAUCCAAUCUCCAGCCUCAGGCCUUGGUGCCCGUUCAGCCAUCUCACAGAGCUUGGGUCAACUCCAUCCUCAACCUGGAGGAGGGGGUGGAGGGGAAGGGCCGGGUGGAGGGGGAGAAGCGAGAUCUACGGCUCAGCGUGGAGGAACAGGAACUCGAGGUACUAGAGGCAGCACAGCAGGGGGCGGAGCUUCUCGCUAUAGGUCAGGAGGCACAGGGAGCCGGGUCUUGAGGGGGAACCCGGGCAGCUGGGACUUCAUGAUGAGCCAGAUCAAGAACCGUGGCCUGGAUGUCAAGUCUUUCCUGGAAGGGAAGAUGGUGGUUCUCUCUCUGGCGAUUGGACUGGCUGAGCAGGAUGAUUUUGCCAGUCUACCUGACCUACAGGAGGUACCACCCAGUCAAGAAACCCCUGCUGACAAGAGUAGGACUAUGGGUAAUAAGCCUGCAAACAGUCCUAAGGGUCAGCCUCCGGAUGCGGAUGGACACUCGUCUGUCUCCGACCUCGCUAACUCACUCACUGGAGACAUGGUGAUGUUGUCUCCUGGCUCAGAUGAGGAUCAUGAAGGUCCGAUCAGUGAGAAGCUGGGGAGGAUUCAGUUCAGUGUUGGCUACAGCUUCCAGGACUCCACUCUCACGGUGAAGAUCCUAAAAGGUCAAGACCUCCCUGCUAAAGAUUUCUCUGGCACCUCUGACCCCUUCGUGAAACUCUACCUUCUGCCUGACAAAAAGCACAAACUGGAGACCAAAGUGAAGAGGAAGAACCUCAAUCCUCACUGGAACGAGACUUUCCUGUUCGAAGGGUUCCCGUACGAGAAGGUGCGAGAGCGCACGCUCUACAUGCAGGUGCUGGAUUAUGACCGCUUCAGCAGGAACGACCCUAUAGGAGAGGUGUCUAUACCACUAAACAAGGUGGAGCUGGGCCAACACCAGACUUUCUGGAAGGACCUAAAACCGUGCAGCGAUGGCAGUGGGAGUCGAGGAGAUCUUCUUGUGUCUCUGUGUUAUAAUCCUACCGCUAACACCAUCACUGUCAACAUUAUAAAAGCACGCAACCUUAAAGCCAUGGACAUUGGAGGCACAUCAGAUCCGUACGUGAAGGUGUGGCUCAUGCACAAAGACAAGCGUGUGGAGAAGAAAAAGACAAUUACUAUUAAGCGCUGCUUGAAUCCCGUCUUUAACGAGUCCUUCCCCUUUGACGUUCCUGCACACGUUCUCCGAGAAACCACCAUCAUCAUCACUGUCAUGGACAAGGACCGGCUGAGCCGUAACGAUGUCAUCGGCAAGAUCUAUCUGUCGUGGAAGAGUGGUCCAGCAGAGGUGAAGCACUGGAAAGACAUGCUGAGCAGGCCGCGCACCAACGUGGCACAGUGGCACGCCCUCAAAGCCUGAUCACCCGUACAUGGUCCCGCCCUGACCCCAUAACCUAUAACCUUUGACCCUUGAGCCCAUGCCCCUUCCUUAUGCACAAGACUGACUCGAUGCCUGGCUGCAAAACACGGGGGAGGUAACUCAAGAUGGGUGUAGCAAUACAUGGAGGCUGGACCAGGCAGUACUUCACUGACAAAUGAGUGAUCAUUCUCUCUGUCUCUCUCUCUCUCUCUCUCUCUCUCUCUCUCUCUCUCUCUCUCUCUCUCACUCACACACUGUGUCUCUCUAAUCUGCAGUAAGACAGUCCUGAUUUCUAUCCAUUCAGUCCAUCACUUACAUUAGGGCCUUCAACACAUGGAUGUCACCUGUAGGUGCAUGUACUAAACAUGGUAAAGGCUUAAAUGUGUUCCAUCUUAUUUGGCUUGAGAGAGUGUGUGUGUUAGGUCGAAAUCACAGCCUACCAUUACCAUUAAAUUAUAUUUAUUAUUGAUUUUCUUUUAUAGUUAUUAGCUUCUUUGACUGGUCACCUGAAGGCUUAAUCCAAAUCACACUCAAAAACCUGAGUUACUUCGACUUAACCCUUUACUGCGUGAUGUUGCCAUAUGGCAACAGUUAAUUUAUCUCUAAUUUUUUGAUGGGCAAUAAUACAAAACUAAUAUUUUCCUAUGUAUCUGGAAAAAGGGGGCUUUAACUUUGACAUGACAUAAAAAAAGCCGUGUCAGGUGACCAGGAAGAACUGUUUGUACUUCCUUUUCUGCAAUCACACGGCAUGGUGGAAGUUAUCAUCAGAGGGCUCUCAGAAAUUUGAUUAAUAUUUCAAUAUGUAGGCUAAACCACUUGAAGGAAAAAAUUGAAACACUCUGAGGAGUUAACAUUUACAUUUUUUUUUUUGUCAUUUAAACAAGUUUAUAUAUUUUGAGUAUUCUGUUAAGUGAUGAAAUGUAAUUGUUGCCAUUUGGCAACAACAUGCGAUAAUGGAACUGUGGUGUGUGCAUUCAUGAACUGAAACAGGCCUACAUAGUAUAAAUAAAAAAUACACUAGGCUUCUCUAAUAGUAUAUGUACAGUUUUUCAAAUUCAAAAUAAGAGAAACUGCUGUAAUAAACUCUAAUUGCACCUUAUUUUCUAAAUUUAAGAGAAAGAACCAUGCAUUCUUUAAAAAGAUAUUAAAAAGAUACUGCACCCAAAUCAUGUUUGGAUCGAAUUUUUCUAUGUGUUUUGAGUGACUAAAUCCCUUCACAUACUUUUUACAACUGUAAUUGUACUGUUACGUGCGUCGCAGUAAUUGGAAUUGUAAUCUCACACAUUUUGUGCUAUUUUUGACUACAUGAUACUUUCCACCGUUGCAGUGGUAAUUUACCAAUUUCAGUAAAUUCAUCGUAAUUUUAUUCAUAUAGCUUGCUUUACACCGUCACAAUAUAACGGUGUCAUUGUCACAGCGCAGCUUUCCAGAAAUCUGCAUAUAUAUGGAGAUAUAUAUAUAAUCAUUUAUUUUGUUUUCAAAUUUCAUUGAUAUUCUGAUUGAGCAAAGCAGUGGGAUGUAGCUAAAUUUACAAACAUGCUUAUUAAACAACUAUAUCGAAAAGCUAUUAGUAAUAAAUAAGAGUAGCGGUGAACACGAUCAUAUUUGAAUUCACUUAUGAAUGAUCAGCAAUAAGAAAAAUGUAAAUGAUAUGGCAGAAAAUCAAAGUUUUAAGUAAGAUUAUGUAAAUAUACAUUUAUAACUGAUAUCAGGGCCUUGCGUAAAUGCCGGAUUCAUGUGUGUGCUUGAUCUGGAACUGUGAAGACCUGAGUAGGCUCAGUUACAGCUUGGGAAAGUGGAUCAAGAGCACUGCUACAAAACCCAGCCUAAGGAAUGACAGGGGAAAAAAACAACAAUGUCAGUAGAGUUAAAGCUCUCAUUCUUUCUCCUCAGUCUUUAGAGCUAUUUUGAUAUCGCAGACUAGUCGGAGGGUAAGAAUCACCUCGGUCAAUUUUAAGCGUUGGCAGGAAUAAAAAUCUAGACUUAAGAGCUCAGCAGACUGGAAUAGAUUGUUAAAUGUAAUCAACCCUGUUUCUACUCAAGGGAGGGUAAAAAGACAGCUAAAACUAGCAACUGUGCAAAAAUCAAUAGGAAUGAAGAGAUUAUUUAUUUAUUUAUUUAUUUUGGAUGGGGUUGAAAAUUUGGUAUAUAUUGUAAAUAUAGUAAUGGGGAAGUUAUAUCACACACUGGCCUGGAAAAUAUUGAACUCCUUAUUUAAUCUCCCAGGUCUCGUUGGUGGGUCCCGACUCCCACUUCCUCCACUCUCCUUCUUAAUUUCACGAAUAGUCGCUGAGUGAUUUAUUGCGGUUAUUGAAUAACGUGCCUUAAGAUCAUUUGAAGAUGACUGAACUGAAUAUUUAGUUAUUUUUGAAAGCUAGGUCUUUAGGACUACAGACACCGAGAAGAACGAGAUCUAGGACCACAAGGACCACAAAUUCGUGGAGCGUGUUGGGUUAUUUUCAUAAAUAAUCAAUUCAAGGGAUGUGUUCGUGUGAAGGGGGGGUAUGGAUGUGAUGUGAUGCUUUUGUGCGUGGAUGGUUUUGAUGUGUUUGUGACUCUGCGUCCACGUAGGGUUGUUGGUAAGUCAGGACAGCGCUUGUGAGAUCAUGCUGCUUUCCGAUCAUUCAGUGUUCUCGGGGUAAGAAAGCUGAGCUCUAAUCAAUCCACCAUUACGCCCAUUCACACUUAAUGGCGAUCCAUAUCUAUGGAGCGCUUCUCGUUGAGUGCUUGCUUUUGUGGCUUAAUGUGGCCUCCAUCCUUUGCUGCUUUGGUUCAUGAACAAUUAGCGAACGAAUAAAAGCUUCACUUCUUAUAAGCAUUGUUCCUCGUUCCACAUUAGUGAUAAUAAAAGGAUUUAAAAGCAAAGAUCUUUUCUUCUGUCUAGGACUUUAGAGAGAGAGUGAGAGACAGGGGGUUGUACGAGCUGUGUGCAUUCUGUAUAUUUCACAACACCUUAUAUCUUACUGUGUAUUGUUGUUUUCUCUUCUCUUUGAUUCAGUGAACGGUUUAAAUGUGUAAAUACUGCCCAGGUCUGCUUGUGGGUUUCUGCGCUAGAGCUAAUUAAACACUGCCACUUACAUAGUGUGCUCAUUAAACACUGCCUGUGUACCAAUAUGCGUGACCUCAUUAAAAUGCUGCCUGUAUUGAGCUGAUGUCUACUCAAGAUGUUUCCUAAAAAUUGUUACUGCCAAACCUUCUGCAGAUGUCGGUACUUGACUGGAACAGAGACUUGUAUAGCGUUCACCGAGUUGUGUGUGUGUGUGAGAAUGGGACGGUUGUGACAGUAGGAGUCUAAAAGGUGUCAAAAUGCUUUACACUCUCUAUGUGAGGCUUGUGGAUCGACGGUGGGGUGGCAAUCCGAGCUUAAUAUAGUACACACCCUCACAAACACCAUUAUUAUAUUUCAAAAAAGGUGCAUUCUCAUUCCUGUGCCACUGACUUAUUUGAUUCUAGUGUUGUAAAUUUGGCGUGCAGGCAGGACACAAUGAGAGCCCGAGAUGAACAGAACAGACGAGACGAGACGAGAGAAGUGAGACAGACACCGUCUGAGUUGUGAGGCAGUUUCUCUACGUUUCACUCGAUUGCAUCACGCAGAGCAUUUGUGUUGCUGCUGCUUCAGUAUGGAGCAUGUUAAAACUUUGUCCAAAAGUCUAAAGCCUGCUAUUAUUUUAGACAACGUCUUUGAUUUGUUACACCUUUAUUUAACAGAAUAGUUAUUCAGGCGAACAUAAACAUUAAGAGGGAUCACACUUCUCAGCCUCCCUGGUAAAGCCUAUGUCAGAGUGUUGGAAAUGAAACUUGGUCCCGUAGUUGGACAUCGGCUUCAGGAGGAACAAUGUGGUUUCCGUCCGGGCCGUGGAACAAUGGACUUGCUCUUUGUCCUGUCAGAGAUAUUUGAGGAGUUGGACUCUGCCAAGGGUGUCUUCUCCUCACUCCUGUUUGUGAUUUUCCUGGACAGGAUAUCAAGGCACAGCUGAGUUAGAGAGAGUAUGCAGUUUGGGGGUUUGGAGGUGGCAUCACUGCUGUAUGCAGGUGAUGUUGUGCUUCUUGCCCCAUCCGACUGUGAUCUCCAACACACACUCGGGCAUUUCACUGCGGAGUUUGAAGCGGCUGGGAUGAGAAUCAGUACCUCCAAGUCUGUGUCUAUGGUUCUCUCUCGGAAAAGAGGUUAGAGGGGGAGCAGCUGCCUUUAGUGAAGGAGUUUACGUAUCUCGGGGUGUUGUUCACGAGUGAUGGAAAAGGGGAGCGUGAGAUUGACAGGAGGAUCGCUGCAGUAUCACGGACACCGUGUCAGUCCGUGGUGGUGAAGCGGGAGCUGUACCCUCAGACAAGGCUCACAGUUUACACGUCAGUCUACCUCCCCAUCCUCACCUAUGGUCAUGAACGUUGGGUAAUGACUGAAAGGACAAGAUCGCGAGUGCAAGUGACGGAAAUGAGGCUUCUCCGCAGGGUUGCUGGACUCACCCUUAGGGAUAGGGUGAGGAGUUCAGUAAUCCAGGAAAACCUCGGAGUAGAGUCGCUGCUUCUCUGGAUCAAGAGGAGCCAAUUGUGCUGUUUUGAGCAUUAGGUAAGGAUGCCACCCGAGAGGCUGCCUGUACAGCACUACCGGGCAUGCCUAACUGGGCGGAGACCCUGAGGCCGAAUCAAGACAAAUGGAGGGAUCAUAUCUCCCGGCUGGAUUGGGAACGCCUGGGAAUCCCCCAGGAGGAGCUGGAAUCUGUCGCUGGGGAAAGGGAAGUCUGGUCUGCCCUGCUUAGUAUGUUGCCACCGCGACCCUCACCAGGACAAGCCGUGUAGAAAAUAGAUGGAUGGAUGGAUAAACAUUAAUAUAAUAAUAAAAAACAAACAAUAUUCUGUCUUCUAGAAAAGUUGCUAUUUUUGUGAGAUGGACACCGGUUAAAGGACACCGGUUUGGCUCCCAGUUAUUCCGCUUAUUCCAGUCCAGCCAGUCAGCAUACCUGAUGAUUAUUGAAUAGCAAAAUCACAUGUGCUAUUGGUGGAAUUACAUAUUAGAUGUUCAUUACAAAUACUGAAAUAGCUCAAGGAGAUGUUUAAAUUGACACAUUGUCAUGUUUUCCCUGCUCUAACACACCUGAACCAUCUAAUUAACAUGGAUGUGUUGGAGCACUGAAAGCACUGAAAUGUGCAGGGCAGCGGCUUCUCCGGGACCAGGCUUGGGUACCUGUGAUGUCUGAGAUCUGAUGAAACUCAAUGAAUUCUGAGGUUAAAACUGCUGCAAACGUGUUGUUAAAGAUAUACGGGUCUAAUCUGAUCCAACCAGUUGUAACUCACUCUGUAUUUAAUCAUUCAUUUAGCUACAUCCGUUACAUGAGUGUAAUAUUUCUGCAUAUUACAGGAGUAACGAUAUUCUGAGUCCUGAAAACUGACCGCAAAGCAGUGGGAGGUAGCUAAAAGUACAGCUAAAAGAGUUUUGAAUAUUUUAAUACACGAUUGUACUAAUAUUGUGUUAUCAGCAAUAACAAAGUUGUAAAUGUAAAUUUGACAUCACAAUUAAGAGAAAAUGGGGAAAAUACAUUGACAUCAAAAUCAUUCAUGUAUAAAGGCAACAUAAUGUUAGCUAAAGCUAAUUAACCUCGGCUGUUGAAGUUUGCACCAUGAUGCGUGGCGCCAGACAAAUGACAAGUCGAUGGUACUUAAUGAUAAAAUGAAUCCACAAACUAAUCUUACCUUAUUAAAACACUUCGCAUUUACUACCAAACCUUCAACGCAAACAUAACUGAGCUGUGUGUCAGAGAUGAGUUAAAGGGAAAACUGUGGAAAUGUCUACAACAGACUUGUACAGUACAUACAAACUGAGGUCAUGCAAAUACUUGAUUUAAAAAGUAUUAUUAUUAUUUAAAACAAAUAAGCAGUUGUUUCCUAGGUAAAUAGCUUUAAGUAAAUAGCUUUUUCCCCCUCAAGUGUGAUACACUGCAAAAAAAACUAUAUCUUAGUAAGUUUCUUGAAUAACGAAACGUUAUCUGGAGAUUAUUAUAUAAUAAAUAUAACAUCAUGAAGCCUAUUGCUGAAUAUAUUCGCUAAUUUCAAGCUUCUUAUUCUAUUUGCAGACAUUGCUCGUUUUUCUUCUUUCUAGGAAUACAAUUUUUAUCUAGAAAUACAUUUUUAUUUAUUUAUUUUUUUUUUUAGAAUUAUCUGCCAAUAGAAUAAGACCGUGACUACGUAUACAUGGACAAUAAUAAUCUAAUUAUUCUAAUUCUAAUUAAUCUAGUAAUGUAAUUAUUGACCUUAUUCUGAGUAAGAUAAUAAUGUGAUUAAGGCGUUUACAUGAGUCGCUUUUAGAAUACUCCUUUCAUGUUCCAGUUUUACAUGUUAUAGAAUAUAGAUCGAUUAACGUCACACGUCAUUACGUCCCCGCGCCACGCCGUCCGACGUUCCCUCCAGAAUUUCACGUAUCAACAUAUAGUUGGUCUUCGUUAUGGGACCGUAUACAGAUUUGGGUGUUUUUCAUUUUUAAUGUUACGUAAGCUUCAAGUGCAGUUAAUUAUUUGUCGUGCUGUACGUGCAAAUAGACGACUGCUUGAAGCCGUGGGCUGCGUCCCAAACCGCGUACUUACCGUCUAUAUAGUAGCUGAAAUCCGUGUAUUUCUCCUACUAUAUAGUAGGUAAGUACGCGGUUUGGGACGCAGCCGUGCUCUCUUGUUUACCGUCAAACGGUUGAGCACUGCCGUGUGUGUACGUGUCCUGUCGCAAAAUGCGGUGAAAACUCCCACACGAUGUUAAUAGUGUGAUUAAGGUGUGUACAUGUCUGUAGUACACCUCGAUAAUGUGACUAAAACAGGGAUACUCCACACGUCUUAAUUCCAUUUGUGUUUACUUCGAGUAUGACUUUAGUCAGAUUAAGGUCAUCAAUAAUCACUGUUUACAUGCUAGUUUCUUAAUCAGAGUAUCGCCUUAAUGGGGUUAAUAUCGGAUUAUUGUUGUCCGUGUAAACGUACUGAAAUGAGUAUGAAUAUAGGCUUAAUAAUCUUAUUUUUGUUUCAAAACAAACUAAUAAAAAGAAAUAGUUGAAUUUACCCAUGAUAUUUGAAUUAGCUAAAAAUAUCUUUUUUUCUUUCUUUCUUUUUUUCUUUGCAGUGUAAGACUUUUAUUUGGUACUGGCUCCUGCAUGCUGUCAGUGGAAAAGCUGUCAAGGCAUCAAAUCGAGUCAUGACAAGAGUGAGAGAAAAGCAGAUGCUUUUAUCGAGAAGGCGAUAAUUCUUCUCAGACUGCUCUUCUUCCUGCCCACAUGUUUAUUCACAGUCCUGUCUCCAGACGUUAUCUUUCUCUCGUUUCUGUUCUGUUCAAAUCGUUUAAGCUUUAUUAGCAGGAAAGGUCAGCACAGUUUGUGAUGGGGAUUUUCAGAUUAUUGUGAUUUUGCUUGU